GUUUGGUAAAAGAUCUUUCACAUCAAAACUAAAUCUACUUCUCGUAGUAGCUCCAACAAAAACAAAAUCUGUCUUUGCAUAUUAACAAAAAAAACCAAAAACCAAAAACUAAAAACAGAAACCACGCUUUUGGCAAGAGACCCAGACCCAGACCCAGACCCAGUUUGUGGUUUUGGGUCGGAUUUUUCCGGUGAAGAAAAUAAUGGCGGUCGCUAGUGAGAAAACAGGUGCUGAAGGCAAAGUUUGGAGUCUCUGUAAAAUGCCAUUUUGGCAAACCAGCAUUGCUUCUUCCUCUUCUUCUUCUUCUUCUUUUGCUUCUUCUGCCACUGUUUCUGGUCAGCAUCAGAGUCAUCAAGCUGUGGAAAGGUCUAGUUUGCAUUCUUCGAUUGCGGUUUCUUCUAUGGCUAAGUCUUUUCUUCCAACUAGGAGGAGGCUCCGUCUUGAUCCUUCAAACAAGCUCUUCUUUCCUUAUGAACCUGGUAAACAGGUUAGGAGCGCGAUUGGGAUUAAAAAUACCUGCAAGUCUCAUGUAGCUUUCAAGUUCCAAACAACUGCACCAAAGAGUUGUUAUAUGCGUCCUCCAGGUGGUAUACUCGCUCCUGGUGAAAGUAUAGUUGCUACUGUUUUUAAGUUUGUCGAGCCUCCAGAAAACAAUGAAAAACCUAUAGAUCACAAGAGCAAAGUUAAGUUCAAAAUCAUGAGCUUAAAGGUGAAAGGUGAAAUGGACUAUGUGCCAGAACUGUUUGACGAGCAAAGGGAUCAAGUAGCAGUUGAGCAAAUUUUGCGGGUUAUUUUCGUCGACCCUCAACGUCCCAGUCCUGCAUUGGAAAAACUUAAGCGACAGUUGGCUGAUGCUGAUGCUGCACUUGAGGCAAGCAAGAAGCCUCCAGAGGAGACAGGUCCACGAAUUGUUGGCGAAGGACUUGUUAUAGAUGAAUGGAAAGAACGGAGGGAAAGAUACCUGGCACGGCAGCAGGUUGAAGGGGUUGAUUCGGUGUAAAGUGCUGUUUCCGAAUGUUUUGAGCAAUUAAUGAAAGGUCUAUAUCGUGAUCUUGAAUUCCUCCUCAAUCAAUCUCCAAGAGGACCUAGAGACAAGCAUGAGGGCCUGUCUAUGCCAUUAGAUGUGAGAAAAAUUGUAUUUGAUUUAAAGAACUUGAUUAAGGGCUCAUCCCUAUUACUUGUAGAUAGCCUGCUUUUAAUUAGAAAUGAAAUUGUCAAUUUUCGAAUGGAUAUAUUGCCCUUGAUUUCGAGCAAAAAUAGCAACAUCUUUUCAGCUA